AUGCCGACCGUCAACGAGCCUAAGCUGCAAGCGCCCAUGGAGGCCGCCAACCCCGCACCGCUGCAAGACGGGAAGACCAUCGUCGCAACGCAACCGCGCUCUGAGCCGCGCCCGACCAUGGAGAACGAGAUGACGCUGCGCGGCGGCGGCAUGACGCACUACUGCGGCUUCUCGUGCUGCAAGGGCCGCUGCAACUUCCGCUUGUGCUGA